UUUCGCCAUUUUCUUGAGUGUGAGAUAGGGUUUGAUAGUGUGUGAGAUUAUGGCUGCGAUGAAGAGGAUUAGUAUCCUCGCCUCCAUUAGUAGAAUCGUAGAGGGUGGUGCCUUCGCAUCCAACGCCACAGGCCAUCGUUUCCUUCAACCGGCUUUAUACUCUACUCAGGAUCAUUCGUUGAAGAAAUCCCACUGGCUUUUCCGUCCAAGCCUUGUAGAUCAUGGUCUUUGUCAAUUUUCAGGAUCUUUCCCUAACGGAACCUCUGGAGCUGCGUUCUUCUCAGCCUCAUCUCUCGCGGAAGAAGUCAAUACUCAACGAUCUUCGCCGUCUGAAAACUUCGCACCGAAGGAUGUUGUGCUUUAUCAAUACGAAGCAUGCCCCUUCUGCAAUAAGGUUAAAGCAUUCUUGGAUUACCACGGCAUUGCAUAUAAGAUCGUGGAGGUUAACCCCAUGAGCAAAAAGGAGAUCAAAUGGUCUGAUUACAAGAAAGUUCCUGUAUUGUUGGUUGAUGGUGAACAAAUGAAUGACUCAUCAGCAAUUAUCGAUAACUUGUUCAAGAAGAUCCAUCAAGAGGAAGAUGGUGCCCUUCAGAAUGAAGAAGAAAGGAAGUGGCGAGGAUGGGUGGAUAAUCACUUGGUUCAUGUGUUGUCACCAAACAUAUACAGAAGUGCAUCAGAGGCUCUAGAGUCUUUCGAUUAUAUCACAACCCACGGCAACUUUAGUUUUAGUGAAAGGAUUAUAGCAAAGUAUGGUGGUGCUGCUGCCAUGUAUUUUGUGUCAAAAAAGCUAAAGAAGAGACAUAACAUAACUGAUGAGCGCAAGGCCCUCUAUGAUGCAGCCGAAACGUGGGUGGAAGCUCUCAACGAUCGCCAAUUUCUUGGCGGAGCAAAACCUAACCUGGCUGAUCUUUCUGUGUAUGGUGUUUUGAGACCCAUCCGAUAUCUCACAUCAGGCAAAGACAUGGUGGAGAACACACGGAUAGGUGAAUGGUAUGCAAGAAUGGAAAGGUUAGUAAAGAAAUCCGCCCACCACCCCCUUUAAAGUGUAUUGGGAGAUGAAGUUUUCUAAGGUGGUACACAAAGGGGACAUCAAUAAUUAGUGAAAACUUGAGAAUUCACAAUUCUACCUAAAACUGGUAGUCGUCUUAAGGCUUUUUUUGUAUAAGCUUAUGAGAAUGGUCUUUCUUUUUGUUUGGCCUGGAUUUCUCUCCUUGCUCUGCUCUGUUUUGAAGAGAUAUUUUUUUUUUUUAUUUGUGUUGGAUGAAAAUCUUAUUCUUGACAAGAAUUGUCCAAUGUUUGAUUUUACUAGGUUGACAGU